CCUCACUCCAGAAGCAAAGGCGGGUGGGCAAAACGGGCUUGGACUUAAUCUUCUCGCUUCUUUCAGGUGCGGUAAAUAUAUUUUAUAACGCACUAACAAGAAACAAUACAUGUGCUUGUUUUAAACGACAAGAUUAUUAGGGAUUGUUUGCAAUGGCAGCGAGCGCAGGGCCGGUCAUGAAUCCCCCGCAGCAGCAGCAGCAGGCGGCCGAGGAGCGAGUGGUUUUCACGCAGCUUAAACCGGCCCAGUUGGAGAUGGACAAAUACCUCCCUCAGAUCACCAGCUCCCUCUUGAGUCCCGCCAUUGACCCCGACGACAAGAAGUACAGGCGGGACAGCGCCUCCGUGGUGGACGAGUAUUUCUCCGAGGACAAACACGGCGCUCCGUACAGCCUCAACAUCAACCUCAUCCUGCCCAGCACCACUCACCUGCGCACGGGCCUCUACCGCCACAACCCCAAGACCCUCGCCCCGCAUCAGAUCAAAACGGAACCUGGACUGGAGGUGCCCUGCUCCUCCGUCAACUCUGCCACCCUGCAGGCCCUGCCGGACUUCACCUCGGUGUUCAGCGUGCCGCCUGUCGUCAACAACGUUUUCAUCAAACCGGACUUGAGCUCUGGUGGAGUCACAAUGUCAUCCACAGGGUCACAGCCGCAGCAACAUUUGGACACAGAGCUUCAAAUCGGACCCCAGGCCCCUCAGCCGCAAGUCUACCACAUGCCCAUCAGCAGUGGUGCUGACCUCACCAUGACUUUGUCACACUCUGGACCCUCAGCUUCUAGAACCAUGCUGAACCUGGGCAGUGGCGGCUACAUGCUGGCCGAGCACCAGCUGGCGCACCAACACACUUACUACCAGGCCUCGACGGCUGCCGCCGCGUCCCAUCACACGGGCCCCCACAGCCUGCCACCUUCUCCCCCGAAUUCACAGCCGGGAAGUCCUGAGGGUCAAGCGGAGCUACUGAGCCUGGCCUGCCAACCGCCUCCUCCGUACCAGCACCAUCUGAGCGGUAUCAAAGUGACGGGUUUGUCCCAUCACGCCCUGCUGAUGACUCACGGCCAGGGCGUCCUAACGGGGCCCAAAUACAACAGGCGGAACAACCCGGAACUGGAGAAGAGGAGGAUUCAUUUCUGUGACUACCCAGGGUGCAUCAAAGUUUACACAAAGAGCUCGCAUCUGAAGGCUCAUCAGAGGACGCACACAGGUGAGAAGCCUUACCGCUGCACGUGGGACAACUGCGACUGGCGCUUCGCCCGCUCGGACGAGCUGACGCGACACUACCGGAAACACACGGGCGCCAAACCCUUCAAAUGUGUCGCCUGCAGCCGCUGCUUCUCCCGCUCCGACCACCUGGCGCUGCACAUGAAGCGACACCAGAACUAACUCAAAAGUGUCAACAGAGAGACUCGAGUCGUUCGCCUGCAUCCCACAAACCACUUCUUGUUAUUACGACGAGGGAGCGAGAGAGCCGUCUUCAUGACCUCCCGGUGAGUCCCGUCCCCGUAAUGUCCGCCCCACAAAACUGGAAGAUAAAACAUUAUAACCGACGGAGGGAAACCACGAUGAUGGACCGACUGGAGUGCAACAACCUGCUACAUUACACUCCAUUUCAUGUGUUCGGGAGAAAAAAAAAAUCGGAAAAAUUUCAUUUUCAUUUUUUUUUAAACAAUUUCAUCACUUUUUAGCUCAUUUUCUAAGCACACUUUUGCGCACAAGUUCGUUAAACGUGUUUAUUUUAAGUAGCGCUAACUAACAAACGACGAAAAAAGAAGGAAAACUUCCUCGGAAGAGUUGAUUGAGUCUUCUGCAAAAACCCGAAAUAGGAUAUUUCAUUUUUUGAUAGCAACAUUUGUCGUUUUUAACAUUUUGUUAUAUCUAACAAUUGACAAUUGGCUACCAUGUUACGUAUGAACAGCCUUAAUAAGUAAUUUAUCGCUCAAUUUUUACAGAUUUGGGCUAAAGCAAAACAAACGCGAACAAUUUUGCUGUCAAUGCUAUUUGCUAACAAGCGCACUUAAAAUCAUCUCGAAUUUAGACAUUUUUUUUUGGGGCUCGUUUAAUGAAAAAGGUCCAAAAAUGAACUUUGAAGUACCGUAUUUUUCGGAGUAUAAGUCGCUCCGGAGUAUAAGUCGCACCGGCCGAAAAUGCAUAAUAAAGAAGGAAAAAAAACAUAUAUUAGUCGCAUUUUUGGGGGAAAUUUAUUUGAUAAAUCCCAACACUGAGAAUAGACAUUUGAAAGGCAAUUUAAAAUGAAUGAAGAAUAGUGAACAACAGGCUGAAUAAGUGUACGUUAUAUGAGGCAUAAAUAACUAACUGAGAACGUGCCUGGUAUGUUAACGUAACAUAUUAUGGUAAGAGUCAUUCAAAUAACUAUAACAUAUAGAACAUGCUAUACGUUUACCAAACAAUCUGUCACUCCUAAUCGCUAAAUCCCAUGAAAUGUUAUUCGUCUAGUCUCUUACGUGAAUGAGCUAAAUAAUAUUAUUUGAUAUUUUACGGUAAUGUGUUCAUAAUUUCACACAUAAGUCGCUCCUGAGUAUAAGUCGCACCCCCGGCCAAACUAUGAAAAAAACUGCGACUUAUAGUCCGAAAAAUACGGUAAUAUUUAAUUUUUUGAUAGCAACAUUUGUCGUUUUUAACAUUUUGUUAUAUCUAACAAAUGACAUUUGGCUACCAUGUUACGUAUGAACAGCCUUAAUAAGUAAUUUAUCGCUCAAUUUUUACAGAUUUGGGCUAAAGCAAAACAAACGCGAACAAUUGCGCUGUCAAUGCUAUUUGCUAACAACGCGAUGGCACACGAGCGCACUUAAAAUCAUCUCGAAUUUAGAAAUUUUUUUUGGGCUCGUUUAAUGAAAAAGGUCCAAAAAUGAACUUUGAAGUAAUCUUCGGAUUAAAUUGGUACGCAUGUUUUUGAUUGUCUUUCCACAAAAAUUCACCACAAUAAAUGUGAUUUUUACUCGUGCUAACAAAACGAUUAAAAAAACAGUAAAUAACUUUUUUGGCAAAGCUAAUACAGCACACACAUUUUUCUUAGCUACCACAUGCUAAUGAUCAAUAUGCUAAUCGUGGAAAAAAAUUAACACGAGUAUUCGAAUUUGCAAUUGUGGUGUUUGGUAGUUUUGACUGAUCAGAGAAUUCACAAACCUUCCACCAAAAUGUUGUUAGAUAACAGACGCGUAAUUAUGAGUAACUUACGACAAAAAAAAAAAUGCUACGCUAAGACCUCAAAGUGACAAUCUGCUUUCUUUGCUACGACGUACGGAAGGAAGCAAUCACCUAAACCUUAGCUAUACUGUUAGCUAAGUCGUUGUCCAUUAGCACUAACAACGUAAACUAACGCGCUAAAUCGGAAGGUUGACGUCAUUUUGGACUCGUAACAUCCCGGAAUCUUCUUUCACAACAUGGAGCGUUUUUUCCGCUUGCGGAUAUGUGGACGCCGACGCCUCGCCCUCUUGUAAAUAAUGUUUAUAUAUCUAUUUUAUCUACGUACGUGUGUCUGCGAAAACAACGAAUGUAUUUCGACUUCUUCUUGGUGUUGAUAUGACUUCACAAAAAAAAAAAAAACACAAAAUUACAUAAUCUGCGAAAGUAAUGAGACAGCUAUGCCAGAGCGCUGAGUCAUCAGCCAAUGUUUUGCUUUGUUUGUUUCCAUAGCGACCUUUGCUGCUGAGUCCUUUUUACUGUCACAUAUUUAUACAAUAACGUCACCCAUUGGCCGUGAAAGAAAACUUGAAAUAAAAGAAUAUGAUUUGAAAAAAUAUUAUCAGAGGUUCCUUAAUUUUUUACAAUUACUUCUAGGAUAUUGCUGAUAUUUCCUUCUGAAUGCACUAAACUUAAAUUGUCUUUUAUUUCAACACUCGUCAUUCCUGUUGUUGUUUUUUUUCCCAAAAGGAUUCAAGUUCUCGGAGCGCAGUGUGUACAUAAAAGUCUUUGUAAAUAUUUUCUUUGGUUUUGAAUGUCUUCUUAUCUGGAUUUUUAAUAUUGUGUGUUUUUUUGUAACUAAUGGGAUUUUAGAUUUAAUUUUUGUUUUUGGACCAUUUUUUUCCCUGUUUGAACGCAAUGAGAUAAUAAAAUGUGUGCGAUAAUGCAGAA